AUGACUGUAUCGGAGGCAGGGGGUGAGGGGGGAGGGGGGAGCCUGCUGGAGCUGAGUCAGGAAUCAGAAGUGAAAGAAGGUUCACGGGUGCAAGGAAACUGUUAUUUCGUUUCCCACAGCGUCCAGUAUAGCAUCUUACAUCUUUCCCACAGCAUCCAGUAUAGCAUCUUGCAUCUUUCCCACAGCGUCCAGUAUAGCAUCUUGCAUCUUUCCCAUAGCAUCCAGCAUAGCAUCUUGCAUCUUUCCCACAGCGUCCAGUAUAGCAUCUUGCAUCUUUCCCACAGCAUCCAGUAUAGCAUCUUGCAUGUUUCCCACAGCGUCCAGUAUAGCAUCUUGCAUGUUGCCCACAGCGUCCAGUAUAGCAUCUUGCAUGUUGCCCACAGCGUCCAGUAUAGCAUCUUGCAUGUUGCCCAGGACAGCCAGUAUAGUAUCUUGCAUCUUUCCCACAGCAGUAUCUUGCAUGUUGCCCAGGACAGCCAGUAUAGCAUCUUGCAUGUUUCCCACAGCAUCCAGUAUAGCAUCUUGCAUGUUUCCCACAGCGUCCAGUAUAGCAUCUUGCAUGUUGCCCACAGCGUCCAGUAGAGUAUCUUGCAUGUUGCCCACAGCGUCCAGUAGAGUAUCUUGCAUCUUUCCCACAGCGUCCAGUAUAGCAUCUUGCAUCUUUCCCACAGCAUCCAGUAGAGUAUCUUGCAUCUUUCCCACAGCGUCCAGUAUAGUAUCUUGCAUGUUUCCCACAGCGUCCAGUAUAGUAUCUUGCAUGUUUCCCACAGCGUCCAGUAUAGCAUCUUGCAUGUUUCCCACAGCGUCCAGUAUAGCAUCUUGCAUGUUGCCCAGGACAUCUAGUAUAGCAUCUUGCAUCUUUCCCACAGCGUCCAGUAUAGUAUCUUGCGUAUUAUCCACAGCAUGCAGUAGAGUAUCUUGCAUGUUGCCCACAGCGUCCAGUAGAGUAUCUUGCAUGUUGCCCAGCUCUCUCACUUGCGUCUUGGUCCAUCACCCCAGAGUCACAGUGUAAGAGAACAUAAGUGCAUUCCUCUGAAUGUUAAGAACAGCAGUCCCAGAGCAGCGGAUGCAUAAUCCGGUAAUAACACUUUAAUGUGUUCGAAAUACUUCAUAAUGUUCUUGCUCUUAUGCUAUGGACUUUUAGUGAUUUGCUUUUAUUACUGAACGAUCAUUAUGUUGGUUGCACAAGACAGUUGGCUCAUUACUGGAUUGUUGUCUUCAAACGAUGGUUUGUUGUUUUGAUUGGUGUGGUAAAAUGUUUCCCUUUGUUAUUGGUUGUUCAGCUAACCUGAGUUUUUGCAGUUUUGUUGUAAGAUGCUCUUGAUAAGAUUGUGCCUGAUAAAUAGGCUAAAUGUUGGUGUCCUGGUUUGUGCAGCUAGUUAUUUAUUUAUCUGAAUUACAGCUGCAGUGUGUCUGUGGGUAAAUAAAUUAAUGGUGAAUAAAAAUGAAAAAUGUGCUGUAAUCUAGAACAUGUUGGUGGUCUGGCACUGACCUGGGCACUGAUGUACUGCUGUCACAUGCAUGAUUUGAGAGAUAUAGAGUUAUUAAUAAAUAUUAAUUAUAAUUUGGGCUCAGAGGGCAAGACUACAGGGAUCAGUUUUUUAAAAAGCCUAUUGAAUCCUUAUGUUAUUUUU